UUCGGUGCGCUCACCAUGGCGGGCCCCACGCCCGGGCGGCGGCGGCGGGGGCUGGCCGCGCUAGCCCUGGUCCUGGCGCUGGCCGCGGGGCUCCUCGCAGCCGGGGCCGGGCAGGCGCCGCGCCCUGCCGAGCGGGGUCCCCCGGUGCGGCUCUUCACGGAGGAGGAGCUGGCCCGCUACGGCGGGGAGGAGGAAGAUCAGCCCAUCUACAUGGCAGUCAAAGGAGUGGUGUUCGAUGUCACUUCUGGAAAGGAGUUUUAUGGACGAGGAGCCCCCUACAACGCCUUGACCGGAAAGGACUCCACCAGAGGGGUGGCCAAGAUGUCCCUGGACCCUGCAGACCUCACCCACGACACUACGGGCCUCACAGCCGAGGAGCUGGAAUCCCUGGAUGAUGUCUUCACCAAAGUGUACAAAGCCAAAUAUCCCAUCGUUGGCUACACAGCCCGAAGAAUCCUCAAUGAAGACGGCAGCCCCAACCUGGACUUCAAGCCUGAAGACCAGCCCCAUUUUGACAUAAAGGACGAGUUCUGAUCUGCAGGAGACCGUUCUUGGGAGGGUGAGGCAGGGAGACACUCAGAUGCAAACUCUCCUGCAAAACAGGCUGCUGGGGCCUCUGGUCACCGGAUCUGAAUAAAGCAGACGUUUAACCUGGAACGCUGAAUGCCCUUUAUUGCCCUUGGUCAAGUGUUCUACCCACCUAGGUAUCCUGCCUGCACACCAGCCAGGGAGGUAAUAGUCGCUGAGGGGGGACACCUCCUGGUGUCAACAUGGGCUAUGGGGGCAGAGGAAUUACGAGUGACCUUUAUUGCUUCUUUAUAUUGCUCUGUACUUGCCAAGUUUUCUACCAUGACCAUGUGUACUUUAGAAUAAGCACCAGAAUAAACUUGCUAUUUUCACAAAAGGAGAAUUCUUCC